GUCGAGUCUGCUGAAAAACUGUGCUGAACUUAACUAUUAUUAACUUGAUUCUCCUGUUUAAAGAUAAGUUUAAUAUUUAAAAAGUUAUUUGACGAACUUUUGUAACGUAAUCUAACCGUAUUAUCUCCUUAUGAAUGUGAAAGGCCAAUAAAUAAUAAUAAUAAUAAGACACAUUGUUAGGUUAGCGACAAGGUUGUGCCGAAUUGCGUCAGCUCCUCGUGUGAGCCACGAUUCCUCCAGCCGGUACGGAACGUUGUAUCAAAGAUGACUCAUAUCGUCAGAAACUAUUCUUUUAUGAAUAGGGAAGAGUUACUACGUUUCACAAAAUUGAGUAUUCCGGAGACCAUCAAUUUCGCCGAGCAGGAAGCGAACAUAUUAAAACUAUGGACGGCUCACUGUGUAUAUUUGGAAUGCAUGAAUUUAUCUACUAGGAAAGAAUGGCCAAAGUAUUCAUUCUAUGACGGGCCACCUUUUGCCACCGGCCUUCCGCAUUAUGGCCAUAUCCUCGCUGGUACUAUAAAGGACAUUGUGACGAGGUACGCAUAUCAAAGCGGCUAUCAUGUGGAGCGUCGAUUUGGCUGGGACUGCCACGGUCUUCCCGUGGAGAAUGAGAUUGACAAGAAAUUAGGCAUCAAAGGGCCAGAUGAUGUCGCCAAGAUGGGUAUCAAAGCGUACAAUGAAGAGUGUCGUAAAAUCGUGAUGAGAUAUUCCAAGGAAUGGCAGGAGAUCGUCGACCGGAUGGGACGGUGGAUUGACUUUGAAAAUGACUACAAAACCAUGUAUCCAUGGUAUAUGGAGUCCAUCUGGUGGAUAUUCAAGCAGCUAUACCACAAGGGCCUCAUCUAUGAAGGUAUCAAGGUAAUGCCUUAUUCUACUGCCUGUAACACGCCACUGUCCAACUUUGAGGCAGGUCAAAAUUAUAAGGAUGUAGUGGAUCCAUCGGUCGUCAUAGUUUUUCCUCUACUGGAUGAACCAGGGGUGUCUCUAUUGGCCUGGACCACCACUCCUUGGACGCUACCUAGUAAUUUGGCAUUAUGUGUCAAUCCUACUUUUGAAUAUGUGAAGGUAAAAAAUGAGAAGACUAGUGACAUUUAUAUCAUAUUGGAGGCUCAAUUGCAAAUCCUUAAGGGUCCUUAUAUUAUAAUAGACAGGAUAAAGGGCACAGACCUGAAAGGAAAGGCAUAUGAACCAUUGUUUCCAUAUUUUUUGCAUCAUAAAGAGAAAGGUGCUUUCAGAGUCCUGAAUGACACUUACGUCACAGCAGAAACUGGAACCGGCAUCGUCCAUCAAGCCCCGUAUUUCGGAGAGGAUGAUUUUCGAUGUUGCCUAGAGGCCGGCAUCAUAUGCAAGGAUCAAGAGAUUGUAUGCCCCGUGGAUAGUUGCGGUUGUUUCACGGAGCCGGUUCACGACUUUCUCGGCAAGUAUGUCAAAGAUGCAGACAAAGAGAUAAUAAAAUAUUUGCAGCUUAAGAAGAAGCUGAUUGUCAACAGCACAAUAAAGCAUAGCUAUCCGUUCUGCUGGAGAACAGACACGCCGCUUAUUUACAAAGCUGUGCCCUCUUGGUUCCUCAAGGUGGAGGCGAUCAAGAAUAAGUUGUUGGUGGCAAAUAGUGAGACCUACUGGGUGCCGGAUUUCGUGAAGGAAAAACGAUUCGGCAACUGGCUGCGUGAUGCGCGCGACUGGGCCAUCAAGGAUAGGGAGGAGAUCGUGUGCGUGGGCAGCAUGGAGGAGCUAGAAAGAUUGACGGGCGCAAAAGUGGAGGACAUCCAUCGCGAGAACAUCGAUCAUCUGACAAUACCGUCGAAACGUGCGGGACAACCGCCGUUGCGUCGUAUACCUGAAGUCUUCGACUGCUGGUUCGAGUCCGGUUCCAUGCCGUACGCGCAGGUCCAUUUUCCAUUCAAUCAAGAUCGCAAGGAAUUUGAUGAGAUCUUCCCGGCAGAUUUCGUCGCUGAGGGUAUUGAUCAGACGCGUGGCUGGUUUUACACGCUUCUGGUGAUAUCCACCGCGCUGUUUGGCAAAGCGCCGUAUAAAAACCUCGUGGCCAAUGGUCUAGUACUCGCGUCUGACGGCCAAAAGAUGUCGAAGCGUAAGAAAAAUUAUCCCAACCCCAUGGAAGUGGUCAACAAAUACGGGGCGGAUGCUCUGCGUCUUUAUUUAAUCAAUUCGCCAGUCGUGAGAGCCGAGAACCUUAAGUUUAAGGAGGAGGGUGUCCGGGACAUCGUCAAGGACGUCUUCUUGCCGUGGUAUAACGCAUUUCGUUUCUUAAUGCAGAAUAUUGACCAAUACCAGGAGUCUGGGAUCAGAUUUGUAAUCACCGAAGGUCAAGAAUCCUAUUCCAACAAUAUAAUGGACAGAUGGAUUAUGUCGAUCACUCAAUCGCUGUUGAUCUUUGUGAAGAAAGAGAUGGAAGCAUAUAGAUUGUACACCGUGGUGCCCUAUUUAAUAAAGUAUAUUGACAACCUCACAAACUGGUAUGUGAGAAUGAAUAGAAAACGUAUCAAAGGUGAAGACGGUCUGGAGGAUUGCGAUAAUGCAUUGACGACUCUAUUUCUAGCAAUUUACACGAUGGUGCAAACUUACGCGCCAUUCACGCCAUUCUUGACGGAAUUCAUGUUUAUGCGAUUAGACCAAUGGGUCAUCAUAACGUCAAAUGAUGAUUUGCCUAAGAAUUUUAAUAAGAAUGGUUGCUCGUAUAUUGAGAAUUUUACAAAGACAUUCAAAUACCAGCCGAGUAAUCGGUCUGAUUUUGAAUCUCGUCCUGAGCCUACGGAUGAAGAGAAGGCUUUAAAGUUGAAGCAUAAAGAAUUCAUGAAGAAAAUAAAUGAGUGGAACGUACAUAACGUUAAAGAACUUAGAGAGUAUUUUGAAAAUUUUGACAAAAGUGUGCACUGGAAAUUGAUACCACAUCCGCAAUAUCAUAUGAUUAACAAAGACAUAGAGAAGGCUGUGUCGCAUAUGCAGUCAGUCAUUCAACUGGGUCGUAUUGUACGCGAUAGAAAAAUUAUUCCCACAAAAUAUCCCUUGCCGGAAAUCGUGGUGAUCCAUCGAGAUGAUAAAGUACUAAGGGACAUUGUCUCACUAAAGUCGUACAUACUCGAAGAACUCAACAUCAAAAAAUUAAUCGUUACUACUGACAAGGAGAAGUAUGGUGUGACCCUGAGAGCAGAACCAGAUCAUAAGACACUUGGUGCUCGUUUAAAGGGCGAGUUCAAACAGAUAAUUCAAGCCAUUAAAGAGCUGUCCGACGAACAGCUGCAGAAGUUUGUCUCCACGAAAGAAAUCGUCGUGCAGGGUCACAAACUCGAGGAGCAAGACUUGCGUCUGAUGUUCAGCUUCACUGGUCCAGCCGCCGAACAACUAUCGAAACAGUACGAAGCUCACAGCGAGGGAAGCAUACUAAUCCUUGUGGACAUUACUGCUGACGAGGCGAUGCACAACGAGGGAAUAGCGCGUGAGGUAAUCAAUCGAGUGCAGAAGCUGCGGAAGAAAGCACGACUCGUGCCCUCCGACGAAGCCAUCGCGUAUUAUGAGAUCAAAGACGCGAACAGCAACUUGGCGAAGGUCAUCGUCAGUCAUAAGGAGUUUAUCGAGAACGUGACCAAGACUCCGCAGAAAGACAUGAUGGAGUUGCCGCGCAACAGCGAUAUCAUUAUUGAGGAGAUGCAGAAGAUCAAGGAUAUGGAUAUGAGGCUCGUGUUGGUCAAAACAUCGACUAAUCAUACGUUAACACAGGAAGGCAGCACGACGUCAUCGAAAUCGCAACCUUCUACGAACUACGUCAACGUAAUACUUUCGAAUAUGCAACCACGAUAUGGCGCGUCCUCAAAGGAUAAGAUUUACUUAUAUAAUUCGCAACUUGGACCUCUCACAUAUAAACGUUUGAAACAGGAGAUUGAUUUGGUAUUUGGUAUAUAUGGCUGUUCGUAUGAUAUGUAUCUUCAUGCUGAAAAAAUUAUCAGAACGCUGGAUGAUACGCCAGUGGAGAAAAAUAUGUUCAAUAAACAAUGGUUGGAAGUAGUGAGAUCAAUAAACAAAUGAUAGAAAUUUUAAAUAUAUUUUUUCAAUGUAUGAAAAGCGAUUUCCGUGGACUUGCGAUUUUUUCUAUGUAAAAUUGAAAAUAAAAGAAAACAGGAACUAGUAAAUCAGCAUUAUUAUA